AUGACACACUUCUCUUGGACCCUCGUAAUCCGAUUGGUCAUUUUCGGCACACAGGUUUUUCGUCACAUAGGGACAGACUUUAGGAGAAGAUUGACCCACGGCAUUGCUGACAAGAGCUGGUACUAUUCAGGUGAUUUUCAUGCAACGCCCUUUAACACUGGUACUGUACUACAAAGUUUCGGAGAUUUCCAUCGAAGUGACUGGCAAACCAACGUCCAAAUGCCAGUCAUCAAAGGGAAACAAAUGGAGGAUUACGAGAUCUUGCUUAUUGCAGAUAUAAACAAAUACCAAUCCAGGUUCGUGCUUCGCUAUGCAACAUCAACCCUAUGCGACGCCCAGGCUCUAAAUAUAUCGAGCAACAUAGUGGUGGCUAUCAGGACUUUGGCCAAGUCAUCUGGAAAGACAAUCAAAGACAUUUCUCUCAUCAGUGAGAAGAAUUGGAAAGAUAUUGGGUCAUGGAAUGCUAUGAUCAAGCCAGCAAUCCAAGAUUGCGUGCAUCAUAUCGUUGAGAGGCAAGCAGCGCUCAGAGGUAAUGGAGUUGCCGUAGCCGCAAGCGAUGGAUCCCUUACAUACAAGGAACUGAACCACCUCGCGACAAUUCUAGGCGUCUACUUAAAUAAGCUCGGAUGUGAGCGUGGGACGUUUGUUCCACUUUGUCUAGAUAAAUCGCUUUGGGCUAUCGUUGCUAUGGUUGGUAUUCUCAAAUCAGGCGCAGCCUGCGUUCCCAUGGAUCCAACACAUCCAACCGAUCGCCUUGCUCAGAUUAUUCGAGAAACAAAAGCUAACGUUGUGAUUGUGUCAAACCGAUAUAAAUCAAGAUUUAGUGUCAGGAACUCAAUUGUGCUAGCAAUGCCCUUCUUCCAGGAAUUGGGGACACAAGGUCCAUACGCAACGGGUGAACAUGUAUCAGUCCAGCCGCACGACACCGCGUUUCUGAUGUUCACCUCGGGAAGCGUAGCGAAGCCGAAGGGCGUUAUUUUAGAGCAUGCCGCUAUCUACUCGAGCCUAGAGGAUCUUGUCGAAGUAAUGAAUAUCACUUCCAGCACACGGUCACUUCAAUUCGCCAGUUUCACAUUCAACGUCAGUCUCGCUGACAUUUUCGCGCCUAUGUUGCGUGGGGCUUGUGUCUGCAUUCCUUCAGAACAUCACAGACUCAACAAUCUACCAGAGUUUAUCCGACAUUUUAAUGUCUCAGACGCAUGGUUUACAUCGACUACGUUGGCUCAGCUGAGUCCUACAGAUGUGCCUGGUCUGAAACGCGUAACAAUUGGUGGUGAAAGUAUCACUCGCGACCAACUAGCUGUUUGGGCGCCAGAGACUGACUUGAAUAUCACUUAUGGUACCACUGAAACUGCUGCUUGGUGCCUUUUCCACCCCUCGCUCUCUCCAGAUUCUGAUCCUUAUAAUUUGGGAUACGCUGCUGGCGGAGCUGUCUGGAUAACUGACCCAUCCGACCCUGAAGAACUGGCGCCUGUUGGUUCGGUGGGCGAGGUAUUGAUCGAAGGCCCAGCGCUAGCCCGAGGGUAUUUGAAUGAUCCUGAAAAAACAGCAGAAUCGUUUUUAAACGCCCCAGAAUGGCUGAGGCGCCUUAGGCCAGGUGGGCAGCGACGAGUGUACCGAACGAGGGAUCUGGCCCGAUACAAUUCAAACGGAUCUAUCGAAUUUGUCGGGCGAGAAGCAACCCGGGCGAAGCUAAGAGGGCACAGGAUUGAGGUUGGGGAGGUGGAGAUGCACAUCAAGCAACUGUCUCGCUCCUUUAAAGAUGUAGUUGCUGAAGUGGUGGUUCCAGCAACGAGCCACAGUGGUGGGCUGGUGUCAAAUCCAAUCCUGGUGGUUUUUAUCUGGUCUGGAACCGGAGCAGCGCCGAAGGAGGCAUCUCAGGCUGCAUUUCCUAAUCUCUUUGCGCCAACAACAGAAGCAUUUCAAUCCGAUGCAGCCCACACACUGGCACGACUUCGCGACAUUUUACCUGGUUAUAUGGUACCUACGACAGCCAUACCACUUAACUUUAUUCCUUUGACGACUUCAGGAAAAACAAACAGGCGUCAGCUACGAGAGCAGGCUUCGGCACUAUCUCGAGAACAGCUGAAUGCUUUUCUCUCCCCAGAAUCCAUAGUGCGACCGCCGACAAAAAAAAGGGAAUUAGUAAUGCGUAAGCUAUGGGCAGAACUUCUUGGGAUUCCCGAACUGCACAUUGGAGUAGACAGCAAUUUCUUUGCUCUAGGAGGUGACUCAAUCGCAGCCAUGAAACUGGUCUCAAUGGCCCGAAAGCAGUCGUUAACAAUUUCUGUGAUGAAUAUCUUCGAAAAGCAACAUCUCUUCGAGAUAUCUGAGUCAGCAACGCCUAUCUCUGAAUUCCAUGGCGAAUCCGCAGAGCCAUUCAGUCUCCUGGGAAAUUUUGAGGACAAAGAGAAGAUAAUUCUGGAGGCUGCACAUCAAUGCGCAAUCCAAAUUGAUGCCAUAGAGGACAUGUAUCCGUGUACAGCCUUACAAGAGGGACUCAUGGCUUUAACUUUGAAAAAGCCAGGUGCUUAUAUGGUACAAGUGUCAUACGAGCUCCCCCCCGAUCUUGAUAUUGCCAAAUUUCAACGCGCCUGGAUAAGGACGGCAGCCAGACUCCCGAUAUUGAGGACAAGAAUCAUUCUCACAGAUUGUCACGAAAUGUUCCAGGCUGUGGUCCGGCAGAACCUAGAGUGUAACUCGGAGAAUGAUCUGGAUCGUUACCUGGAAGCGGAUGGCCAGAGGCCUAUGCAUCUUGGUAGUCCUCUUGUGCGGCUCGCUUUGGUAGAACAAGCUGACAGCAAUAACCCGAAAUAUUUGGUAUUAACAAUGCAUCAUUCAAUCUUUGAUGGAUGGUCAUUUCCGCUGAUUUUAAACCAGGUGGAGACAGACUAUAACGAUGGGGCGCCGCCAGAGAAUAAAAACUUCAACAUGUUCAUGAAAUACGUUUACGAGAUAGAUAAAUCUGCAUGCGACAGAUUCUGGACAUCAAGUUUCACAGACCUGAAUGCGCAGAAUUUUCCAGAAGCAGCUACGAAAGGCUAUAUUGCUGCCCCGGACACAGUGAUUCAGCAUCGUAUACCGCUCAAAACCACGCAAAGAAGCAAUAUCACACUAUCUACCAUGCUAAGACUAGCUUGGGCAAUUGUCAUAGCAGAUCAAACUCAAUCGGACGAUGUUGUUUUCGGCACAACGGUAACUGGACGCCAAGGCGCCGUCGCUGACAUUGAGAAAAUCAUCGGUCCUACAAUCGCAACGGUGCCUCUCCGUAUAAAAUUGGACAUGCAGAAAACAGUGCAAGAUCUCUUGCAAGCUCUACAAGAAUACACUACUUCUAUGAUUCCAUUCGAGCAAAGAGGUCUGCAAAACAUAAGCAAACUGGGUCUUGAUUCUUCCGCGGCUUGCAGAUUUCAAAAUCUAUUAGUUAUCCAGCCGUCUCCGCAACAUAUGGACACUGAGAUCUUCAAGAGGGAAUGGAGUAACUCCGGUACAAGCGCGGGCUUCUAUGACUACCCAUUGACAUUGUCCUGCCAAAUUUACGACAAGCAAAUUGAAAUUCGUGCAAUCUUCGACGCCCACCUGUUGCCAGAAGCGCGCGCGCAGCGUAUUUUGGAACAGUUCUCCUAUAUCCUCCAAAACAUUCGUGAUAUGCCUCAAAAGCAGCUCAAAGAAUUGGACCUGAUAUGUCCCCAAGAAGAACUCCAGCUGAUGUUAUGGAAUGGAAGCUUGCCAGAUAAAGUGGAUUGUUGUGCUCACGAUCUCAUUCUUGAAAAUUGCCGUACUAAUCCGACUGCUGAGGCUGUUUGCUCAUGGGAUGGUACUUUCACAUAUCAAGAAUUAGACGAGCUCUCUUCUGCUGUGGCAGCACAUCUAGUUACCCAAGGCCUUCAGCCCGAGACUUUCGUUUGUCUGUGCUUCAAUAAGUCCAAAUGGACCACAGUUGGGAUACUCGCAGUUAUGAAAGCUGGAGGAGCUUUUGUAUUACUGGAACCGUCAUUCCCGCUUCGAAGAUUAGAGCAAAUUUGUAGUAACACUGGGUCGAGAAUCAUCCUAUCAUCGGCUGAACAUGCGUUGUUGAGCGCAAGUUUGGCACCUACAGUCAUCGUCCUUGAUGACGGCACAGAACAGUGGAACAAACCUUACAACACAUUUGAAGGACCUCGAAUCAACCCUAAAAAUGCUCUUUAUGCUAUCUAUACUUCAGGGUCAACAGGAAAACCAAAAGGAGUCGUUAUUGAGCAUGCGUCAUUCUGUACAGCAGCGAAAGCGCAGCUUAAAGCGUGGGGGAUGGAUCAGCAAUCCAGAGUCAUCCAAUUCUCAUCAUAUGCCUUUGAUGCAAGCGUUAUGGAGCAUCUGAGCACCCUAGUUGCUGGUGGCUGUGUUUGCGUCAUAUCCGAGAUGGAUCGUAGGGACAACUUGGGAGAGGCAUCAAGUCAAUUACGAGCAAACUGGGCAUGUUUUACUCCAUUCUUUGCAAGACACCUGAUACCAGAACAUUUUCCAACGCUCAGGACAAUAUUACUGGCUGGGGAAACAGUUUCAGAGGCUGAAAUAGAGCUGUGGGCGGAUUACGUACAGUUGAAGCAGACAUACGGUCCAGCUGAAUGUUCACUCGCCGCUGUAAACCAACCGCAAAUCAACACCAAAUCCGAUCCUCGCAACGUUGGAUACCCCGGGGGGUGUUCUUGUUGGGUGGUUGAUCAGGAAGAUCAUCAAAAACUCGUUCCAAUUAUGUGCGUCGGCGAGCUUGUGAUUGAGGGCCCAAUAGUCGGACGAGGAUACCUUGGAGAGGAAGAACAAACCAGAGCAGCAUUUAUCCAGCCUCCUAAUUGGAUCAAAAGAUUUCGACAACGAAAUCCCACUGGUCCAUUCUACAAAACUGGAGACUUGGUUCAGUUUCAGUAUGAUGGGACAGUGAGGUACAUUGGACGGAAAGAUACGCAGGUGAAACUUCACGGUCAACGCAUUGAACUGGGAGAAGUUGAAUAUCAUGCGGCACAGUAUUUAGGAAAAGCAGAAGUUGUUGCGGAAAUUGUAAAAUUCCGGAAUACGGCUAGAUCUGUCCUGGCUGUUUUCGUGAAGUACGCAGACAAGGCACAAGAGAGGGUCACAGAUCUCCCAAGUCUCGAAUUUAUUGUGAGCAUGACCGAGGACAUGCGAUCGCAGUCAAUUGAUCUUGUGAUUGGACUCCGCAACUCAUUGCCUAAGUACAUGAUCCCGAAAUUUGUUUUCCCUAUCGCUCACGUCCCAUUGACAGCAACUGGCAAGAUAGACCGAAAACGAUUACGAGAGCAAGUGUCUCUGCUACCCGAAGACAUAGCCAGCAACUAUACAAUGUCAACCAGCAAGAAACAAAAACCAUUGACCUUUAUGGAGAGAAACAUCAUGAAUCUUUUUUUCACAGGUGUAGACGAAAGCUUCUUGGAUUUGGGGGGAGAUUCAAUCCUUGCACUGGCCCUUGUUGAAGAAGCUCGCAAGAAGAAUUGGACCUUUACCGUGUCCCAGGUCCUCACCGAUGAUAUUUCAACCCUGGCAGCAGCAGAAGAUCUUUUGCUUUAA